UGCGCAUGCGGAUUGUUUGACAUUUCUGUCCCUCAAGAAACGUCGCCAUUACAGUGUUUAUAGAUAGUGUUGUUUCUAUUUUAAUAGGUUUUAAUAAAAGUCUCUAAAUAAUUGGCGAAUGGAAUAUAAUUUGCUCGUUUUCUUCAGAAGCGGAAAUUAAGGGCCGACAAGCGGCGAGAUGUUUGUACCUCCGCCAGUUGAACAGCAAUUUCGCAUGGACCCAAAUAUGACACUUUUGCAUUCGUCAAGCCAAAUACACAAUGUCCAUCCCAGGAGAAAAAACAACAGAAAUACUUUACACGGAAUGCAAGCUGAAAGGAUGUCUCUGAGCGAGGAGGCCAAAUUGGAGAUGGCUUCGUUGCCGACUAAAACUCCCGUAUCAGUUCUUCAAGAGUUGUUGAGUCGACGUGGGGCAACACCCAAGUACGAAUUAGUCCAAAUCGAGGGUGCUAUCCAUGAACCGAUAUUCCGCUACAGGGUGUUUAUUAAUAACGAUUUGGUUGCUACCGGAACUGGUAGAUCGAAAAAAGAUGCCAAACACGCCGCUGCUAAGAAUUUACUUGAUGUUUUGGUUGGCAAGCAGAGUCCCGAACAAGCUAACGCUUCCAAUGGGACUCCAGGAGGCAACGAUAUCACAGCUCAAGUAGUGUCUCCUUUCGACGAUAAAGUGAUGGGAAAUCCAAUCGGUUGGCUCCAGGAGAUGUGUAUGUCUCGGAGAUGGCCUCCACCGUCCUACGAAAUGGAACAUGAGGAAGGUCUUCCUCACGAACGCCAAUUUACGAUAGCUUGUCAAGUAUUAAAAUUUAAAGAAGUCGGUACUGGAAAAUCGAAAAAAUUAGCAAAAAGAAUGGCAGCACAUAAAAUGUGGCAAGCGUUGCAAGAUAUGCCUUUGGAGAGCAACAACUUACCGCAUAGUUACGACGAUGACGAAGAGUUGGCGGGGAAAAUGUGUAACUUACAAGGACGCUACAGUGGUCUGAAAGAUAGUAAAAUACCGACACUCAACAUACAACACACUCAAAAGGUAUCGCAGUUUCACAAAGCCCUCAAGCAGUCCAACGGGCCGAAGUUGAAGGAGUUGCAGAAUAUAGUUCUCAACAGCGAAAACUUCAACUUCAUUCAGUUUUUACAUGAGAUUGCGACUGAGCAACAAUUUGAAGUAACUUACGUCGAUAUAGAAGAGAAGGCAUUGUCUGGCAAAAGUCAAUGUUUAGUACAACUUUCUACUUUACCGGUAGCAGUUUGUUACGGUGCUGGAACGACACCGAAAGAGGCACAAUUGGUGGCUGCUUUGAACGCACUUGAAUAUCUGAGAAUAAUGAGCAAGAAAUGAAUUUAGAGCAUAUGAUCGAUUACACUUAAACAUCUGCAACUUUUUAAUUUUUUUAAUUAUGUAUAUUUAGGCUAAUUCACGUUGAGAUGUUUUUAAGUGUAGCCGAGUCAUUUUUUUAAACAAAAAUGUAUCAAGACGCAUGUGCUUUCCCUACAUGCAUUUUGCUUUUCUUCUCGAACGGCGCCGCCAUUUUGUAAACACGUGAUGAAUGAAUUAGGGCGUCAAUAAUUUAGAUUACAUCACAUAGUUGGACAGUUUUUAUUGUUCAAAUGUGGAAAAUGCAAAACAAUAAAAAUUGUGCGACUUGACGAGAAGGAUCGCACCUAAUUUUACAAGCUAUACUUUGCAUAGAAUUAGUGGUUUUUUUCGAGACUAUGUAUGUCGUUUUUAUCAUUUUUGUGUGUGUAUAAUAAUGCACUCAAACCUAAAAUGACCAGCAGGUCGUUUUAUUUUUUAAAAUGUGUCUAUUAUUAAGAGUAGCGAUGUUUAGGAUAGCUUUAGCAUUCCACUAGACAUAUAGGCACUAGAACUUGAGUUAAUGUUUAUUGUAAUGUUGGGUGCCCCCAUAUAAUAUGUACAUAUUUAUAUUGUGUAAAGGGAGCAUUUAUUUAAUGCAAAGUAUAGAGGUUGUACCCCUGUUUCCUCAGAAUUAACAUAUAUGUCAAUAGAAGCUAAUGUUAAUUAAGAUGAAGUAUAUACUUUUCGGUCAAAAUUGUUUUUUUCUUUAUAUUCUACUUAAUUACAUCUUGAACCAUAUCGAUAUUGAUGUGUAUGCUAAUUGAAAAUAAAAUAAUAGCUUACAAAAA